CACUUUACUUAAAAGGAAGUGACUUCCAGGAGGAGAUCUCUGUGGGUUUUGUACCAUCUCAAGGCAUGGGCCUUUGGGGAAUACUUUGGUUUUUAAUCCUCCUGGGGACAAGCUGGGGACAGGAACAAAGAUAUGUUAUUUUGGCACCAGAAGUCUUCCAUGUUGGAGCAUCUGAAAAUAUUACAAUUCAAGCUCAUGGAUACACAGAAGCAUUUGAUGCUACAAUCUCUAUAAAAAGUUAUCCUGAUGAAAGAGUAAAUUAUUCUUCAGACUCUGUUAAUUUAUCACCAGAAAACAAAUUCCAAAACUCUGCAAACUUAACAAUCCAACCCACACAAUUGUCUGGAGGAGAAAACUCAACUUCAUAUGUGUAUUUGGAAAUUGUGUCAAAACAUUUUUCAAAACUGAAAAAAAUGCCAGUAUUGGAUAGCAACAGAUCGCUCUUCAACUAUACAGACAAAUUCCUAUACACCCCACAGCACUCAGAUGAAGCUUAUGAAGAAAUUACCAAUUCAAGAAUUGAUGUGACAGCAACUUUAAAAGAGGAAAUGGAGCAAAGAGCGGCUAGAUACAAACAUCCGGUGCUAAAGAAAUGCUGUUCCGAUGGAGCCCAUCUUAAUCACCAUGAAACCUGUGAGCAGCGAAGUGCUCGGAUUACCAUAGGCCCACGCUGUGUCAGAGCUUUCAGUGAAUGCUGUGUGAGAGCAGAAAAAAUCCGAAGUAAAGACACUCACAAAGAAAUCCUACUUGGAAUGAGGCCUGAGCACUCCAAAGAACUCAUCAGGAAAAGAAGAGACAAGAUGGUCCUGUCACAGACAAUAGAAGAACAAGCUGCUAAAUACAGAUAUCCAGUGGUGAAGAAAUGUUGUUAUGAUGGAGCCCGUUAUGAUGACCGUACAUGUGAAGAGCGAGCUGCCCAGGUUACCAUAGGCCCACGCUGUGUCAGAGCUUUCAGUGAUUGCUGUGUGAUAGCAAAUCACACUUUUAAACGUUUUACGCUCCACUCAUCGGAGAUAAACAGCUAAACUGUGUCCAUGAAGUAAGAGAGCCAGCUUUCAACAUGAGGGUGCCCCAUGUCCUGCACACCAUCCUCUGUGCUCCAGGCUUGGCCUGCCUCCUGGACAAACUCUUGACCUGAAGCCCUGGCAGUCUGGGAGAUUGGAUACACAUAUUUCUCUUUUUGGCUAUCAUCAAUUUCCAGAAAAAAAGUGAAUUAUUCAUAACUUAAAAAAAAAUAAAAAGACCAAAAAGCAGAAUGAUA